GGUGCCCUCUCCUCCCCCUCUCCCUCUCCCUCUCCCUCUCCCCAUCAUCGUCUCCCUCUCCUCCUCCUCCUCCUCCUCCUCCUCUUCUUCCUCCGCUAGCCCAAAAGCGCUUCCUGAGCCAGCCAAAAGCUAUACGCGCCGCUGCUUCUGCGUCUGCUUCUGCUUCGCCCCGCCGAUCUGAACCUCGAACCCUAACCCUAGCUGCUCUGAACUGCACCAGUUGCACCAAAAUGAAUCGGCUGGAUGGCCCCGCUCGCCUCAUGAUCGUUUCGGAUCUUGAUCAUACGAUGGUCGAUCACCAUGAUCCUGAGAACCUCUCCCUGCUUCGCUUUAACGCAUUAUGGGAGGCUCUUUACCGCCAAAAUUCCCUGUUGGUUUUUUCGACUGGAAGAUCGCCCACACUUUAUAAACAACUGAGGAAAGAGAAACCCAUGUUAACGCCAGAUAUCACCAUCAUGUCUGUCGGUACAGAGAUAACCUAUGGCGAAGCUAUGGUGCCUGAUGAUGGCUGGGAAGAAGUUCUAAAUCAGAAAUGGGACAGGAACAUUGUUCUUGAGGAAACUGCCAAAUUUCCUCAGCUAUCACCCCAGUCUGAGACAGAACAGAGACCGCACAAGAUUAGCUUUUACAUUGACAAGGCGAAUGCUCAAGAAGUAGUAAAGUCUCUUUCAGAGCUCCUGGAAAAACGUGGGUUAGAUGUGAAAAUAAUUUAUAGUGGUGGAAUGGAUCUUGAUAUAUUACCACAAGGUGCUGGCAAAGGGCAAGCUCUUGCAUAUUUGCUGAAGAAGUUCGAGUCGUGUGGGAAACGUCCCAAAAAUACUCUUGUUUGCGGGGACUCUGGCAAUGACGCAGAAUUAUUCAGCAUUCCUGGUGUCUACGGUGUCAUGGUCAGCAAUGCCCAAGAGGAAUUACUGCAGUGGCAUGCACAAAAUGCAAAGGACAACCCUAAGAUUAUUCACGCAACUGAAAGGUGUGCUGCUGGGAUUAUUCAAGCUAUUGGCCACUUCAGACUAGGUCCAAAUAUUUCCCCAAGAGAUAGUGAUUUAAAGGAAGACAACAUCGGGCCUGCUUAUGAAUUUGUUAAGUUUUAUAUGCUUUGUGAAAAGUUUCGCCGAGCUGAAGUCGAGAUGUCUGACUCGCCUAUCUCGAAUCUGAAAAGUCUUUGCGAUCCAACUGCAAUCAUUAUUCACCCGUCUGGUGUUGAGCACACACUUCAUGAAUCCAUUGAUGCAUUUGGACCAUGCUAUGGUGAUAAAAAGGGUCAGAAAUUCCGCAUUUGGCUGGAUAGAAUGCUUACUUCACAGAUUGCUUCUGAUGCCUGGUUGGUGAAGUUUGACAAAUGGGAGUUGGAUGGCGAAGAGCGGCAUUGCUGUCUCACUAGUGUCAUUCUGAAAUCGAAGCCUGAGAACCCAGGUUCCUUUUCAUCGUUGCACGUCCAUCAGACAUGGCUCGAAGGAUACGCCGCGAAGGAUCAACAUUCCUGGAUAUUGUAGGCCACCCAUCUCCCGCCGAAUAAUUUUCACCUUUCCGAGCGGAAUAAGUAUUAUCCCUAAUAAUUUUGAUCCUGGAGAUCAUAUUUUUCCAGUUUCUGUACCGGAAACACUGUCCGGAGCUAAUUUUAAACUCUGACACUCUUGUUAACUUGGAUGUAAACACUUGAUGUCUUGUAAUAAGAGAAUUAAAGGCACAAAUCUACAUUUUUUUUUC